GCUAUUAGUACUGAGCUGGAAGAUGCAAUAUGUGAAAAAGAAGAAAUGAAAACCAGAGUUCAUAACUAUAUAAGUGAAGUUUCCAGAUUUGAGACCUUGAUGGCUUCAAAGGAAAAAGAAAACCAGGAAUUGUUAGAGAAGUUCCGAAUGGUCCAUGCUCAAGCUGAAGACUGGGAAAUGAAGGCUCAUCAAGCUGAAGGAGAAAGCAGCUCAAUACGACUUGAACUCCUUUCUGUAGAUACAGAUCGGAGACAUCUUCGGGAGAGAGUGGAACGUCUGGAAAAAGAGAUUCAAGGGCAUAUAAUUGCACAUCAAGCAUAUGAAUCUCGGAUCUCCUCCAUUACACAAAAUAUGUCCAAAUUGGAAGAGGAUAUUAAACGUGAAAAUCAGGAUAAGUCUUCUGUGUUGGCGGACCUGGCUUCUGUGAGAGAACUCUGUGUGAAACUUGAGGCUAACAAAGAACUUUUAUCUCGACAGCUGACAUCCAAAAGUAUGGAUUAUGAAAAGGUUCUAGGUGAAUUAGAAGAUAUAAAUUCAGAAGUAGAGUUGCUGAAAAAGCAGUUAUCCAGCGAGAGACUCACAGUUCAGAAUCUUGAAACAUUGUUGGCUACUAGUAGAGACAAAGAAUUUCAGAACCAUUUAACAUCUCAUGAGAAAGAUUCCGAAAUUCAGUUAUUGAAAGACAAGCUAACACUCGCCGAGAGCAAACUAAGCGGCUAUGCUAGAGAGGUGCCCAUCCUUCGGAGUAAAGCUGCAGAGCUACAGACUGACUGUGAUGUUUUAAAAAGGCAACUGACGACCGAACGCUUUGAACGAGAGCGUGCAAUUCAGGAAAUGCGUCGACAUGGGCUCUCUAUGUCCUCGUUAUGUGCUUCACCUCCUCUCAGUUCCACGUUAAGGUCUCCCUCGCACUCUCCAGAACGUUCUGCCGUAAGGACGACGGAUCAAGCAGCAGCUGAAAAAAGUGUGACCUUCAAGGAAUAG